CCUGCGGUAUCUCGAAACGAAUCUACAACCAUCUUCAAUUCCAUAUAUAAUAGCUUACCAUGACACGCACACACUAAUUGAGCCCCCGUCUGGGAGUGCUUUCGGUUUCAUAAUUCAUGCGGAUCCUUCUCGCUAACUUUAUAGUUGCACGCUACUUUCACACGCUAAAAAGGUAGCGAACGAAUUAUUGCAGUUGCAUCCGAACCUUGCUGGACAUUGGACAUGGUUGAGAUGAAGCUAGCAAAGUUGCGUACAUCAGCGUCUACUAACGGUAGGAAACUCUGGCAACCGGAGCUACUGAACGAAUCGUACAAGGACAUUGGAACUCGCAGUCUUUGGGUCGAUUACUGUACCAACAGUACAAUUCAUGGGUUUAAGUAUCUGGUGGGCAAUAAGCGUACUACAGUAGAGAGGAUUUGGUGGAUUGUUGUCUGUUUGCUGUCGCUGUACGGGUGUGGCAGCUUGAUACACAGUGUGUACAGGAAAUGGGAUCGAGAGCCAGUUGUGGUGACGUUUGCAGAGAAGCCUGCCCCAGUGUUUACCAUCCCAUUUCCCGCCGUAACGAUCUGUCCUGAAACGAAAGUUCGCAAAAAGGAUCUUGACUUUACAACCGCCUACCAGCUAUUUAACGAUGAAGACCUCUGGCAGUUUAUGGCCACGGAGCAACUUGCAAAGCUCGAAGCGCUUCUGCAGGUGUGUGACUUUUCGUUCGGGAUAGAGAUGAACAACGAAUCGUACGCUGAUGACGUGGUGGAGCUGCUGCAGCGGAUGGCCAUACCGUUUGACGAUAUCUUUUUAAUGUGUGGUUGGAGGGAGCACAUCGUUGAUUGUAAGGAUUUCUUCAAGCAAACACUAACGGAGGCCGGGAUCUGUUACACAUUCAACUCGCUAGCGGCAGACGAUCUAAUGAGACGAGAGCAGCUGCACACGGAGUAUGAGUAUAUGGCGGAGAAUGAAACGUCGAAGCAGUGGAACAUGGAUGAGGGUUAUAGCAAUGGCGCUGGGGGAGACACGUACCCUAGGCGAGCUUUUGGUGCGGGAAGAAGAGCUGGGAUGUUUGUAAUCCUGAAGGUUCAGAAGUAUGAUAUGGAUUAUCUGUGUGGAAACUCAUUCCAGGGAUUCAAAGUGCACCUACACUCACCUGUCCAGUAUCCCCGCAUGUUGAACCAAUUCUUCAGGAUUCCUCUCAGUCAGGAGGUGUCCGUCUUAGUUGAUCCGUUAGUCUUCGACACAGCUCCCAACGUUCGUCGGUACAAUCCACAGCGCCGUCUUUGUUACUACAAUCACGAGCGUUAUCUACGCUACUUUAAGGUGUACUCCAAGUUUAACUGUGAUAUCGAAUGUUUGUCGAACUAUACGCUCAAGACAUGCGGAUGUGUACCGUUUCCAUUGCCGCGUACGAGCGAUGCUCGAAUUUGUGGUCUGGGAAAGGCUAGCUGUACCGAUACGGCGCUUUCGGUGCUGGAAGAAAUGGACUUGCUGCAUGAGCUUAAUAAGACGGACAAUUUUUUGGAGCACUGCAAUUGCCUCCCGGCUUGUAAUUCUAUCUUUUACAAUACGGAGAUUUCACAGGCUAUGUUCGACUGGAGGAAGUUGGCUGAGAAUAUUCAUCUCAUAGCUGGAGUUACCAACGCAACUGAGCUGUCCUAUCUUUCGAUCCACUUCAAGAUCUCUCGCUUCAUCCCGAUCAAACGCAGCGAACUGUUUGGCAUAAGUGAUUUUCUUGCCAACUGUGGCGGAGUUCUAGGGCUCUUUAUGGGCGUCAGCAUACUGAGCAUCGUGGAGAUCGUGUACUACUGCACACUGAAACCUCUCAUGGCACGCAGAGGAGCAUAUUCGCGGUCCGAAACAGCGCAGGUGAUCAAACCGGCACUCAUACUUCCGCCGGAGGAAUUCGGACCGGCCGGUGGUCGUGCUCGCAAAGUCUCCAACAAGUGUUCUGUGUCAUCCGUCUUGGGAAAGAAACGAUUUAUUGCGAUGAGCUAAGAUGAAUGGCACGCUAUUUUAUCAUUUCCUCACCUGGCCUAAAAGUAGUGCGGCGGGCACGAUCGGUCUAGGAAGUGAUCGCCAUACCGGACCGAUUUAUCGAAACUUGUCGCCAUAAAUCAAGCGAUUGGUUGAAUAAAUUAUAAACACCGAAAGUCACUCCUGCGUGCGUGGCGGUACCUCUGUUGCGUUGAAUGUAUCCUUCUACUAAUGGACACUGAUGGAGCCCCGAUAAAGACUGUGUCUGUUCUUCUUCGGGGAGAAUCUUAAAAUUUCUCCAUUUAAGACAACAAAAAAUCGAGCGAAAAACGUGUGUAAAACAUCCUUAAAGAAUUCUUCACCCCAAAAAGAGGCGACCGAAAACAGGGAAGUACAAUACCAGCCAACCUCUUCAUCUUAUCUAAUCAA